AUGCUGCAUGCCGGCUCUCGUCGCGGCCCCGUACGCGCCGCGCUCGCCAUGUGCGUCGGCUCGUCCGCGCUCGGCUCAGGUGCGCUCAACGAGCGCAGCGUCGAGACGGCGCACAGCUUCACCGGCCGGAUGUGUGCUGCCAGCCGGCUCGAGGAGACUAGGCGGCCCGACUCUCUAUUCUCCGACCCGCUUGCGUACACGCUUGCCGGCAAGGAGGGCCGCGCCCAGCCGAUGGGCGGCUGGAUCAUGGUGCCGCGGACACGCUUCGGCGACGAUUUUCUGCGCGAUCACUACACGCGCGGCGCCCGGCAGCUCGUGCUGCUUGGCGCUGGUUUCGACGCGCGCGCCUACCGCAUGAGCGGCCUGCCGGAGCUUCGCGUGUACGAGGUGGACCAGAAGACAACCUUUGAAGUCAAGGAGCCGCUGCUAACCGGUGAGUCGCUCGCAGUGGCGUCUCGCGCCGCCGUCGCCACCGAGUUCACCCGACCGGGCGAGUGGGCGGCGGCGCUGCUGGCGUCCGGAUUCGAUCCCGCGGUACCGACGGUGUGGCUCGCCGAGGGCCUGCUCAUGUACCUCUCCGCCGCCGACGCGGCCGACCUGAUGAAGCAGGUCGGCCAACUCUCUGCGCGCGGUUCCGCCGUCUUCCACGACGCCGUCUCCGCAGAGUACCUGAACGCGCGCGUGAGCGUCGCGGGUGCGCCCUUCAUCGGCGCGUCGGACGAGUACGUCAACAUGUGGCGUAGCAUCGGAGGGUUCGGCUCCGGAUAUGCGCACGACUUUCGCGCCAUCAAGGUGGACCGCGCCCGCCGCCGCAUCGACGUGGAUCGGCGCUGGCCCGAGGCGACGGCCGCGCGGUGCGCAGGGCAGCAGGUCGUGCUCUUUGUGGAGGUGGAGAUGGAGUAG